AUGUUUCUGUGGAAAGCGUUGGGUGAUGAUCGGAGGUCUUUUAGCUAUCACAAGGCAAUCCCAGUCAUAGAGAAGUUGCCAUUCAAAAUCGAGAGCGCAGAGCAGGUGAAAGGUCUGCCUGGGAUUGGAAAGUCAUUGCAGGACCACAUUCAGGAAAUAGUGACUACUGGAAAAUUAUCCAAGUUGGAGCACUUUGAAACAGAUGAAAAGGUAUGUGCCAUAACUUUAUUCGGAGAAAUUUGGGGUGUUGGUCCAGCUACUGCCCUGAAGUUGUACGAGAUAGGACAUCGCAGGUUAGAGGAUCUGGAAAAUGAGGAUUCAUUGACUACUUCACAGAAGAUAGGGUUGAAGUACUUUGAUGACAUUAGGACAAGGAUUCCACGCAACGAGGUCAAGUGUCAGGCUUCUCUCUCAACUUCUGUGGAUAUGGAUGGAAAUGAUUUGGUACUUAUUCUAUGUGGAGGAUCUUACAGACGUGGGAAAGCAUCUUGUGGAGACAUGGAUAUUGUAGUUACUCACCCCGAUGGAAAAAGCCAUAAAGGAUUUUUGUCGAAGUUUGUGAAACGGUUGAAGGAUAUGAAGUUCGUGAGAGAAGAUUUAGUUUUCACCACUCACAGUGAACAGGGUACUGAUUCUGGUGUUGACACAUACUUUGGUCUUUGUACAUAUCCAGGAAGAGAACUGCGACGCCGGAUAGAUUUCAAGGUAUAUCCAAGAGAUAUAUAUGCUUUUGGUCUCAUAGCUUGGACUGGGAAUGAUGUACUGAACAGAAGGUUGAGGCUCCUAGCAGAGUCCAAAGGUUUCCGGCUUGAUGAUACCGGUCUAUUUCCAGCUACUCACUCCUCAGGUGGAAAACGGGUAAAUGAAUCUGAUCUCACAGUUUUCAGAAUCUGCACCAAUAGGCUAGGGCAGGCUACUCUUACCGGCAUUCAACAAAUCACAAUUUUGUUGCAGGGUACAAGGGCAACAGCAAGCUUGAAACUUCAGACGGAGAAGGAAGUGUUUGACUACUUGGGUUUCCCAUGGCUUGAACCCCACGAAAGAAACUUGUGA